AUGAACACAGGCCAAAGGAAGAAAGCACAGGGCGAAUUACCGAUGGACAUUCAAGCGCCCCCUCCCCGGGCUACCAGCAAAGUCCGCGCUCUCAACGUCAAGUGGAGCUCUCACGACCUCGGAGAUAGUGUUGACAGAAAGUACGAAUUGGUUAGAAAGGCCUUUAAGGAAAUGGGAUUCACAGUGGAGGGUUUUCUAAUUCGGCCCUCCGUUGACAGCGAGGGUGACUUAAAGCGCAAGCUCGGCACCUUUUUCGAGUCUGCGGACCAGUCAACGCUUUACAUUGUCUACUAUCAUGGUCAUGGCUACGUGCCUGUGGCCAGAGAACCGAAGGAUUUGAUUCUUUUUAGCCAUAACGACGCAGAUAUAGACGACAUUUGGGAUUUUGGCGAAGAAAUCGUUCAGAAUCGGCUCGGGGAUUUGGGCGACAUCCUACAGUCAUUGCCUGACCUCUCUGAUAAUACAGCCCUAAACACGUUGAAUGAGCUCUCUGCAGAAAUCUCGUCCUUGCAAGAAAGUCUAGCUAGAAUCAGGCCGAAACUUGAGCCAGAUUUCGAGAUCAGUUUCAACAGCAUCCUGAGUACUGUUUUAGAUGCCAAGGGUGAUGUCCUUGUCAUCCUAGAUUGCUGUGAUGCAGGCGCUGCCGCCAAUGCUAUUAGGCCGACGGAUAUCAUUACGGGUGAGUAUAAUAAGCACGCCAUAUUUGCCUGCCGUGAAGGAUCAACAGCUAAUGGGGACAUGACGUCGGCGUUGUGUAAAAUGCUCAUAGACCGUCGGGAGAGGGUCAAAACGACUUUGAAGGAUGUUGAAAAGGCUUCGAACGACGUUAAAUGGGCCGAAGAGGGCCUACGAAGGGCGGAGGAUGAGUUGGCUUCGGCAAGGCUCAAAUUGAGGAAGCCUAGACACGGAAAUCAACCACAGAAGACGCUCGAGAAGAUCAAGGAUGCCAAGGACGCGAUCGAGAAGGCGAAGACGGCAGCCGAGAAGGCGGGGGAGGCGCUGAGGGAGACCAUUAAGACAGCUGGGAACAUGCAAAAGGCUAUUUCUGGAAGAGAGAUCAAGGAAGGCCUUAUUGAGGGGCUUAAAGAGGUUGAAGAAGUUCGAUUUCGGUCGAGGACCUCGCAGAGGGGGAUCCAAAUUCCACUUACUCUCAAGGUUACCCAUAAGGUGCAGCGGAAGAGGACUGGAGCGGGGUGUUGA